AAAAAAAUUCUUCUCUCUGUCUUUCCACUCUCUUCUCCUCUUUCCAGAAAUAUGAAAUUCUUGGCAUUGUAAUGGUGCUCUUCUCUUAUUAGAUCCCUUUGUUCUUACUUCCUGAAGAAUGAAGAGGAGAGAAGCAAAACUAAGAAACACGGACAAUCCCUUUACCACUCUCCUCCUCUUCCUCCUCAGGCUUCUAGUCGCCUCUUCUGUAACCCACAUCAGAUUGGACACCUCCGAUCACCGCUACUAGGAGGGUGACCAUGCUCCUCUCUGUGCCAACAAGGUUAACUUUUUCAGAACCCCAGUUCUUCCCACCACUGCAGCGAAGUCUUGGUCUACAUAAAUAAUUUUAAGGAAGCACAUGACGCUAAUGCAAUCCCCAAUAGUGUCAGCUUCAUUUUGCUUCCCCUAUAUAAUGAUGCAAAUUCUCUUGUUAGCAAAGGAAAAAGAAUUAAAGAAAAGUUGCCAAUUUUUGGUCACUUGACACAGAAAUGGCUGAAGGGCACACCCAAGGAACCCAAUGGGUGAACCCUCAGCAGGAAAUUCGGCAACCAGGGGAAACCAUCCACGGUGGAAACACUGAAGUUGAGAACUUCCAAACAGGGAAUUAUAUUCAUGGAGGAAACAAUCAAGGAGAAAAUUACCAGGGAGGCAAUUUCCCACAAGUGGGGAUUGAAGGAGGUAAUGUCCAAGAUGGAAAUGGUGGACCAAACCUCCAACUUAGCAGCAUACCCCAAUGCACCUGGAACAUGCAAGGUUCCACCAUAAGGCCUCAAUCCUGCAGCUCUUUUUGUGUGAACCCCUAUUUCUGGGGAAAUCCUUCCUUGGUGAGCCCUAUAUGUGGUAACCCCUAUUUGAUGAACCCUUAUUAUUGGGUGAAUCCUCAGUGGGUGAACUUUCAAUGCGGCAACUCACAAUGUUGGCACCCACAAUGUAUAAACCAACAGAACGGGAAUGCCUUGAGACCCUCUUGGGCUCCUCAGCAAGGAGAAAGCAGCCAAGAAUCCCAUCUGGAGAACCCAGAAGAGGGAAAUUCUCAGGCAAGAAAUUUCCAAGGAGAAGCACAAAAUGUCACAGAAGGUAACAAAAAAGCUCAGAGUGGAUCUUGGGUUUCUCCAUCGUGCUUGGAACCUUCAUACAGAUGGAUCCUCCAUAAAGCUGACGUCGUUGGCCGCCAGUUAUCAAACUAUCUCCGGCAUCCUAACAUAUUAGACGUGUUGCUAUAUUGGGGUUUGGCCUUGUGUGUUUGUUUGAUGGCCAUAUAUUUUUGUAGUCAUCUUAUGGGAGGUUUUCAUUUUGAAUUUAGAAUAAAAUGAGGUGUGAAAAAACACUUUGGUUUUCUUUAUUGGGGAGAUUAUUAGGUAAAUUGGAUGUAUAAGAAUUUAGUAUUCCUUACACUCU